CUGAUUUUUGACGGCAGUCAAGCGGAGCGGAAAUACCAACAAGCAAUAAUACACAGAAGCUGCAAACGAAGCGUUAUAAAUAAAUAAAAAAAUAAAUAAAGCAUUCGGAUUUGAAUAUAAGAUCAGUUUAUUAUGUAUCAGGGGGAAUUAAUCAUUCUGUCUGUCCUAGGAGCGAAUAUCCGGCUUUAGAGUGAGGGAGUGAACGAGGCAGUGUUUAUGAAAGCUGAGCUCGAGCCAUGACUGAAAGCAAGCGGAAGUACAUUUUCAUAGCUCGGCAGGCGUCGAUUCGGUGCGACCUGUGAUGUUAUUUCGAUGUUUUUGCGGAAUAUUGUGAUCAGCGGGUAUGUGAAAUGCACGACUAAGUAUGCUAGGAUGUUUAAAAAUGUGUUCGGCUCAGGAUUCCUCAUCAGAACCGCUCAUGUUUUCCUGACAUGGGUUAUAACGCUGAUCCUCUUCCUGCACGACACCGACCUCCGUAGAGAGGAAGAAGCGGGCCGACUCACGUUACCGGUAGUCUUCGUGCUGCUCGUGCUGCUUUCUGUGCUGCUCUACUUUGCUGUGUCACUAAUGGAUCCCGGGUUCGUUCUGGCUGAUGACUGCGACCUACAGUUCACACUCGGUGUCACUGAGGAGCAACAGGACAUGAUUCCACAAAGCAAACCAUUCCGUCAGCGUCGCUGUGGUCAUUGCCUGUUGCAGCAACCAAUGAGAUCCAAACACUGCCAGACGUGUCAGCACUGCGUGCGCCGCUACGAUCAUCACUGCCCGUGGAUUGAGAACUGUGUAGGGGAGAGGAACCAUCGCUGGUUUGUGCUUUACUUGGCUGUGCAGUUUGUCGUGCUGCUCUGGGGGCUACACAUGGCCUGGUCAGGCUUCAGUGACGCUGCGACGUGGUCAGUGUGGCUGAAAUCGAACAGCGUGCUGCUGGUGACGUGCGGCGUUGUGGCGCUGCUGGCGCUGACCGUGCUGCUGCUCCUGGGCUCCCACCUUUACCUGGUGUCUCUGAACACCACCACCUGGGAGUUCAUGUCACGCCACCGCAUCUCCUACCUCAAACACUGCGGCAUCGACGAGAAUCCCUUUGACCGCGGGACCUUGCGCAAUCUGUGGAGCUUCUUCUGCGUGUGGAGCACGGUGGUGUGGGAGCAGAUGUACUUCAGGCAAGACUGCGAUCCUGCUUAAAGCACCACAUCCCCCCAGCGAGUGACUGGAACAUUUUCUGGUAACAUAGCCAAGUAUAUAAAAAUAUCAUGUCUUGGUUAGAAAUACAAUCCAAAUACAUUCCUAUUAUUGCUCCAGUUCUUUAGAUUCUCAACUGCAUGGACAUAGCUGUAGUUAGAACCAUGUAGAGCCUCAUUUAUAGCGAGAAUUGAUCAAGAGGUUUGGGUUGCUGGUUUUCCUGUGAAUAGAUCUGUAGGGAAAUUUUCUUAUCGAGUCACAGCUGCACUUUUAACAUCUUUUAAAGUUAAGAAUACUUCAGCAAUGCGAGAAAUAACCAUUUAUUUUUUUUCCGAGUCGGUAAACAAACAUGAUAUUAAAGCUUGUUUUCUUGUAAUUGAGAUAUAAAAAUAUAUAGUCAUUUUAUUACAGCAGAACUCACAGUUCUUUAAACGCUUACCUCGUGUCACGUUUUACUAAAGGAACGUCUGUAUAUAUUAAAAAUAAAUAAAUAAAAGCAGACGCUAACGAGCACAAUAUCACUUAAUGUGACCAUAAAAAACAGGGUAAAUGACUCGUGAAAUUGUACAGCAUCAGUUCCCUCUCUAGUUUUUAGCAAACUAAUAAAAACAAAAUCUAUUUUUAUUGACAUUUUAGUGGAUUUCUGGAUAGCCCCUAAAUCAAACAUGUUUUUAGUAGAAAAAAGCAUCACGUAAAGCACUUGAACAAAGUAGCGGACGCAGACUGCAGUCGUAAUAUCAGGUUGUUUGGCACUGUUUUGGAGCUGAACAGUAGAUUUGGAAAAACUGGUUUUAUUUGCAAGCAGGUAUAUUAGUUAUAAAAUUUCACACAUUUACUAUAACUAAAUGCCUACACCGAUCAGGCAUAACAUUAUGAGCAGUGACGGUGAAGUGAACAUCUGCUCAUCAUGGCACCUGUUAGUGGGUGGGAUAUAUUAGGCAGUAAGUGAACAUUUUGUCCUCAAAGUUGAUGUUAGAAGCAGGAAAAAUGGACAAGCGUAAGGAUUUGAGUGAGUUUGAUGAAGGGCCAAAUUGUCAUGGCUAGACGACUGGAUCAGAACAUCUCCAAAACUGCAGCUCUUGUGGAGUGUUCCCGGUCUGCAGUGGUCAGUAUCUAUCAAAAGUGGUCCAAGGAAGGAACAGUGGUGAACCGUCGACAGGGUCAUUGAUGCACGUGGGGAGCGAAGGCUGGCCCGUGUGAUCCGAUCCAACAGACGAGCUACUGUUGCUGAAACUGCUGAAGAAGUUAAUGCUGGUUCUGAUAGAAAGGUGUCAGAAUACACAGUGUAUGACGGGGACCAACAAUCAAUAUUAGGCAGGUGGUCAUAAUGUAAUGCCUGAUCUUUGUAUAUAUUAACUAGCUGAUACGAUUACACGCACACAUUUCAACUAUUUUGCUAUCAUGACUGCAGUAUGCACACUUGAAUGAGCUUAUAUUAUUUUUUCAUAAUAGACCACCACUAACGAUUUCUCAAUUCUGAUUGGUCAGAAUGUGUUGACCGGUUUUCUAUAAGCAUGGCUCUGACGGUAGUUAAUGCGUUUAUUCUAAUAUUAUCGUUUUUAUAGUAACAGCCCACAGAGGCAGAUCCAAUGCAUAAAUUUGUCGAUGUGAUCUGCCGCGUCGGUGCUUUUGUAACAGUGAAGCUGUUAAAGGAUAUGGAUUUUUUUUUUUUUGCUUUCCUGUUAUAAGCUACAAUUUUUGUCUAAUUAACUUGAAUAUAAAAUUAAAAAAAAAUUAAAAGGAUGGUCAAGAUGCGAUUUAUAGCCACAAUAACAGGAACUUUCUUCAGUCUUUUAAUCACAAAAUAUUAUUAGGGCCAAACAAAUCAGCUGGUAUUAUGAGUCCUUGAGAUUUCUAGGCAUCGGUGAAAAUUUUACAGGAAUACUGUAACACUUUUGGGUGUGAAUACAGUUCAUUUGAAAUGUACUUAAACUCGUGUACACUCCUCAUCAUGAACAGCUGUGAAAUCAUUCAGUUUCCUUCCUGCAAUCCUCUGGAACAUCGGGUGAAAUCGAACCCGAAGACGAUGUACUUUACGCUCCAUGUGUUUGGGUCGUUUGGCUUGGUUUUCUAUACAUGUUGCUGUUUCUGUGGUUUGAGUUUCAGAAAUUGACAAUCAAUCUUCUUCAAUUUCAGCCAUAGGAAAUUAGAUCCUUUAAAAAAUAAGAAGGUAAAGUAUUUAAUGAUGCCACAAAACAACUUUCGAUAAUAAAAAAAAAAUCCCACCCGCAGUCACACAGGGUUUGUAUAAUAAAAACGGAAAAAAAAAGAAAACUACAAGCCUAUCUUUUAUUUUUGUAUAAAUAUAUAGCCUGUUCUUUUCAUACUAUCUAAUCAAUAAGCAAUUUAAAAAAUAAAAAACAAAAAGAGAGAGAGAGAGAGCAUGCGUACGGUUUGGAAUGUUUUCGGUUUUUAACCUAUUUUGUAAUGAUGUUUCGUCGAAUGGUUGCAAUACAGUCUGUACGGUCGCUCCUUUAUAGAUCAAAACCGUUAGAAUGUCUUCUGUGCAAUAUAGAGAGAUUUUUUAAACCUUACAGAGGAACAAGCAAUAACUAAUUUCUCCUUUUCGAGUCACUUCCAAUACUUUUGCACUCGGCUGUUCCGGUAUUUGUGCGGAAAUUCCGACGGAUUUGACUCGGCUUCGAUUCCGGUUGCUUAUGCAAUGUUCUUGUGACAUGCAAAAUGAUGUACUGAGUCACAGUGGCAGUAUUCAAUAAACUGAACAAAAAUGUA